AUGCGCGUCUUCCACUUGUCCAAACUCGUCGUCGGCUUCCUUCUCGCUUUUCAACACUCGGUUGCCAACAAUGACGCACCAUCAGUCGCAGUACCUGGCAGCGUGAACCAAUGUGGCGCAGUCCCAUUGGAUAUCAAAGGAGGAACCCCUCCGUACACCAUCACCAUUAAAAAAGCCGAUAAUCCUGCUGGCGCCGCAUUGCAAAGUUUUUCAGAUGUGAACAACCCCUCCAGCCUGAGCUUGCCAAAUGGGAUGGCCACUGGGAUGACUAUCACCUUCGAGGUGAAAGACUCCAGAGGGCAAACAACACAUUCUGGCCUGAGCACAGUUUCAUCUUCGCCCGACUGCCCGCAAACCCCUAAAGACCUCGCCAGCAAGCCUGAUGAUCGGGCCGCAGACUCGGACAACCCAGCCGACGCAUCCGCUCCACCCGCGCCCGGUCCUCCUGGCGGAGACUCCAAGAACUCGACCGCCGGGACCGUUCCUGGUGCCCCCGGUAGCAGUCCGGACAAAUCCGCCGGCGGAGCUCCAUCGGCGCCUGACCAGCCACCAAACGGCCUGAACAACUCGACUGCAGCCGGGCCACAGCCGGGAAAACCACCACCACCGUCUUCUAACACCACAGCUUCCCCGGACAAUGCAGGCAAUGCUACUGCCGUGGCAGACAAACCCGGAAACAACAACUCGACGGAUACUCCUGCAAGUGUCAAUUCCACCGCGACCACCGCCCCUCGUCCGGGAUCCACGCCUCCCAAAAACAGUACUUCUACCAUCGGCGGGAACACCAAGAUGGGCAACAAUACCUCCUCCGUCAACAAUCGCCCCAAACCCCCAACUUCAGAGUCGUCCAGGAGACACCCCAGCCCUCUUUAUCUAUCUCUCUUCAUCUCAUCCUUGGCUGGCUUCUUAAUAAAUAGAUAG